AUGGCGCCCUUGUCUACUCCAGAGUCCAUAUCACGAGAAAUUUCAGUAUCAUCCGAUGCUUCCGCCGACGAAAGUACCUCACUCGAUCAGAUGCGCGCGCCCAAGCGCCGCCGCCUCUCCGAGUCCUCAACAGACUCCUACACCGCAGCACCCGCACCACUCCCGUCGCUCUCACGAAUCAAGAAAAAGUCCUCAUCAACGAAUGCCACCUCAAGUAGGAAAGACGACGAGAACCCGGUCCUGAUCAAGGAUGCGCUUGAAAUCGGGCUCAAUGCCGAAGAGAACUCAUUCAAGGCCCUGAAUGUGGCGCCGUGGUUGGUUGGCUCUUUGACCACCAUGGCAGUGCGCAAGCCGACCGCUAUCCAGCGGGCUUGUAUUCCGGAGAUUUUGAAGGGGAGGGACUGUAUUGGUGGGAGUCGAACAGGUUCCGGAAAGACGAUUGCUUUCUCGGUGCCGAUCCUGCAGAAGUGGGCAGAAGAUCCUUUUGGGAUUUUUGCGGUGAUUUUGACGCCGACUCGUGAACUUGCGCUGCAAAUCUUCGAGCAGAUCAAGGCGAUCUCCGCCCCUCAGAGCAUGAAACCGGUCCUUAUCACAGGCGGCACAGAUAUGCGCUCGCAGGCAAUCGAGCUCGCAGGCCGACCCCACGUCGUCGUUGCCACGCCCGGUCGUCUAGCAGACCACAUCAACACCUCCGGUACCGACACAGUCGCGGGCCUCAAGCGCGUCCGCAUGGUCGUCCUCGAUGAAGCAGACCGCCUUCUUUCCCCGGGGCCAGGAAGCAUGCUCCCAGAUGUCGAAACCUGUCUCUCCUUCCUCCCGGGCCCCUCACAACGCCAAACCCUCCUCUUUACCGCAACACUCACUCCUGAAGUUCGCGCUCUGAAAUCAAUGCCCCAAACGCCCGGGAAACCGCCCAUCUUCGUCACCGAGAUCUCCACAGAAGCUAAAGAUACCGUCCCCCCCACGCUGAGAACAACAUACGUCCAAGUCCCGCUCACCCACCGUGAGGCCUUCCUACAUGUCCUUCUCUCCACCGAAUCAAAUAUCACCAAGUCCGCUAUUGUCUUCACAAACACUACCAAAUCAGCGGACCUCCUUGAGCGCCUCCUCCGCUCAUUAGGCCACAGGGUCACCUCUCUACACUCCCUCCUUCCGCAAUCCGAACGUAACUCCAACCUCGCGCGCUUCCGUGCCAGCGCGGCUCGAGUCCUCGUCGCUACGGACGUUGCAUCUCGAGGUCUCGAUAUUCCCUCCGUCAGCUUGGUUGUUAAUUUCGAGGUCCCUAGGAACCCGGACGACUAUGUGCAUCGUGUUGGACGAACGGCGCGUGCUGGGCGGACUGGUGAGGCGGUAACGCUUGUGGGGCAGCGCGAUGUGCAGCUCGUGCUUGCGAUUGAGGAGCGUAUUGGCAGAAAAAUGGUAGAAUAUGAAGAGGAAGGGGUCAAUCUCGAAGCUAGGGUUGCCAAGGGUUCGCUGCUGAAGGAGGUUGGGGCGGCGAAGAGGGAGGCUAUGGUUGAGAUUGAUGAGGGGAGGGAUGUGCUUGGGAGAAAGAGGAAUAAGCUGAAGAAGGUUAGGUAG